AAUUCCGAUAGUUCGUGAAUGCAGCACUGUAACGAGUAAAACCAAAUCUGUGGGAGGCGGUUGAGCCCUUGAAUGCACACCAGAAGAGGUGAUUGUUCGCGAUAGUGGUGAGAGCCAGUGAGGAUGAUGCCGCAUGUCGGGGCUGUGUUUGCAGCAAUAGCAGGGGUGACGGCUGUCCUGCUACAUUCCUCCAUUCACAAAAUAGAGGAAGGCCACCUUGCUGUCUACUACAGGGGUGGGGCUUUGCUGACGAGUCCCAAUGGCCCCGGAUAUCAUAUCAUGCUGCCUUUCAUUACCACCUACAGAUCAGUCCAGACUACCCUUCAGACUGAUGAAAUCAAGAAUGUACCUUGUGGAACAAGCGGCGGGGUGAUGAUCUAUUUUGACAGAAUCGAGGUUGUCAACAUGCUGGUCUCCUCAGCAGUGGUGGACAUAGUGAGGAACUACACGGCCGACUAUGACAAAACUCUCAUUUUCAACAAGAUUCACCAUGAAUUAAACCAGUUUUGCAGUGUGCACACACUACAGGAAGUCUACAUAGAGCUCUUUGAUAUCAUUGAUGAAAACCUGAAGACUGCCUUGCAGAAAGAUCUGAAUGUGAUGGCCCCUGGACUUACCAUACAGGCUGUCCGUGUAACCAAGCCAAAGAUCCCAGAGUCUAUCAGGAGGAACUUUGAACUCAUGGAAGCAGAGAAGACCCGUCUCCUAAUUACUGCUCAGACCCAGAAGGUGGUGGAAAAGGAGGCGGAGACUGAGAGGAAGAAAGCCAUUAUCGAAGCUCAAAAAGUCGCUCAGGUAGCCGAGAUCCAGUUUCAGCAGAAAGUGAUGGAGAAAGAGACAGAGAAGAGGAUCUCCGAAAUCGAGGAUGCCGCCUUUCUGGCCAGGGAAAAGGCUAAGGCAGAUGCGGAAUACUACACAGCUGCCAAGUUUGCUGAAGCAAACCAGCUGAAGUUAACCCCUGAGUACCUGGAGCUGAUGAAGUACCAGGCCAUAGCGACCAAUAGCAAGAUCUACUUCGGUCAGGACAUCCCCAACAUGUUUGUGGACGGAAACCUCGGCCCACUCAAAGCCGAAAACAGUCACCCCUAGGCACCCGAGCAGGACUUGCUGAAAUCUUAAAAGUGCCAUUUGCAUUGAGUCUUAAAACAGCAAAGAGAGAUUGGGAGGAUUUGAGAUGAUUCAAAAGCAGAAGGAAGAAGGUAAUGAAAGGGAAUUGUAUUUUUUUUUUCUUUUUUGGGGGGAGGGGGGAGUCAGCAUAAGAAUGAAAAGCCUGCUGAAAGCUUAUCUGCCUGUAAGGUGACAGCAAGGAGUCGCUCUAAUUUGCUUGUUUAACUUUAUUUUAAAUGCUUCUGGCUAACCUUGUAUGCAAAGAUGAUGAUUGUUGACAUGACCUAUCUAGACUGGAAUGCAGCAAGUGACACAAAUUAGAAACAAGAGGCCAUUUGUUUGUUUGUUUUUUCUCUGUGAGGGAUGUUCAGUCAGUGGCAGAUGAGUCAUUUCUUAAUUCCUUUAAUGUCUAGUUGGGCAUUUCUUGGGUGUGGGUCAAACAGUGCACUGUGGCGUUUGCCAGCUGCUAAAAGAAAAUCGACUUGAAAAUACUCAUGAGAACUCAAACCACGUUGCAGCGGAAGAGCUUCCUGUUCUUAUUUGGUCCGCUGGUAUCUUGGGGCGUCCCAUAUAAUCCGAUACUGUUUUUUUUGGGCUGAUAUUGGACCAAUAUGCGAUAACAAUAUCGGAUCAGGGCGCCCGUACUGGUUUGUCUUGUUGUGGCCUGGUGCUGAUGAUGAAAGUUGUGCCUGCUCAUAUCUGCCAACGCUUUAUGUUUGGAGCUUAUUGAGAUAUCUCAGGAAAAUUACAAUUUGUCAGAUACUCACAAGGACUUUUUCCUAAUGGUGGUACUGGAUCUGAAUGCAAAUCCCUUUCAAGUUAACUUGGGGUCGCGCUCAAGUUUACUAUUGUAGGAUUAGAAAAAAGUUGUGGGACUGUGACACGGGAAAAUAAGCGUAACAGGUUACACAACCACUCGAAAGUCAGCACAUUGUGAUGUUGUGUACAAACUGCACAGUGUCUCGUCUUUGCCAAACAAAAUAAAACUUGUAAUAACACUAUCAUCCUCUUUUUAAAUUUUUUUUUGUAAAAUGCAGUUAAUUAAUAGUGCUUGUGCAGGGGCUCGUUUUACUUUUUCUUCUUCUUGGCUUUGUUUAAGGAAAAUGCAAGUUAGCCAGGUUGAACAAUAGUGGUGGUCAGUCACACUGUGGUGCAGCAGUGUCGACGUGAGCCGAGAGAAAGCAACUACAGUACUUGUGUUGAGAGAGAGAGAUGCGCUGAUGUUUACGUGACCGCCGAAUGGCCGCACUCUUCCUCCCUUUGCUGUUGCGGCGGCUGCAAAUAACCAUGCAAAUGAGGGGUAAAAAUCACUCAACAUGAUUUCUUUGUUUCUUCUCGUUGAGAUUUUGUACAAUCUGUGAAAUUCUCCAAAAUUGUUUCUCCUUGUUUUUAAAGGGUUUAUAUGCAAAAAAAAAAACAUGUUUUGCCAAUGUUCUUAAAUAAAGCCUAUUUUGGUACCUCUCUUCUCCA